AUGAUAAGAAUCAGAUCAGAUACAUUUCAUCGAAUAAGAUUGGUCUACGUAUAUGAGCAUCGCCAUAGGUAGAAUAAAGUAAAUGAAAACUAAGGAAAAAAAGUCUAAUUGAAGUAACUCAAUAGAGAGAUAGCUCAUAGCUAAGGAAUAUGUUCGAUACUUUAGAAAAGCAAAAGAUAGAGAAACCCGAAAGAAGAUAAUAGAAGAGAAGAUGUCAGAUUAAGAGUCCCAAAGAGGUUCAGAGAUAGAAAGAACUCUUCAUUUAAUAAAUUGAGGAUGCCUUGA